CAUUUGUUGUGUAGCCCUUUGUCUCUCGCAUCCCAUUUAAAAAAAAAAAAAAAAACUCAUCUCUCUCCUCUCUUCUUCAUUUACUUUCUAUAAAUCCAAACUCAUAAACAAAAGAUUUUGUCUUUCCAUCAACAUCACUUCCUCAUAACUCCCCAAAGAAACUCUCACUUCGGGUUCUUCGUCUAUUCUUCUUUCUUUCAUUACCAGAAAACAAAGAAACAACACACACAAAAACAGGAUGAGUUCAAGAGUGUUCAGAGCAACACCAGAUAGCAACUAUCUGGUCCCCAGGAGAUCUAGAGACCACCAACAAGACACCAGUCCGGACCGGAACCGAAUCUGGUCUGAGCCUCGUCAUAAACCGGUUGCUAACCGGAAAGUUCCCGUAGUCUAUUAUCUCUGCCGGAAUGGUCAGCUUGACCAUCCUCAUUUCAUGGAAGUCACACUCUCUUCCGGCGAUGGUCUCUAUCUCAAAGAUGUGAUAAACCGCUUGAAUGAUCUUAGAGGCAAAGGCAUGGCUAAUCUCUACUCUUGGUCUUCCAAAAGGAGCUACAAAAAUGGAUUCGUCUGGCACGAUUUAUCGGAGGAAGACUUCAUCUCCCCUGUGCAAGGCCAAGAAUACGUACUCAAAGGCUCUGAGGUUCUUGAUUCCUGUCUUCUCUCUAACCCUCGGAGCCUCCUCGGUACGACGUCGUUUAGCGACCCGAGAUCUUUAAACCCGGAGAAAAACUCCGGCGAGGAUAUCCCGCCGGCGGUGCAUCGUCGGAGAAACCAGUCGUGGAGCUCCAUCGAUCUCAGCGAGUACAAGGUGUACAAAGCGACCGAGUCGAGCGCCGAGUCGGCUCGUAGACUCGCGGCGGACGCUUCUACUCAGACGGACGAUCGAAGGCGGAGGAGAAAACCGGCGAAGGAGGAGAUAGAGGAGGUGGUGAAAAGUCCGGCGAGUUACGAGAAUCGGAGCGUUGAGCUGAGCAGAGACGAGAUUUCUCCUCCACCGUCGGAUUCGAGCCCCGAGACUUUAGAGAAUCUUAUCAAAGCGGACGGACGGCUGAUAUUGCGUCAAAACGAGAGCACGAACGAUCAUCGGACGGUGGAGAGCUUAUCGAGCGGGAGAAUGCGAGCUUCUGCCGUGUUAAUGCAGCUGAUAUCGUGUGGAACGAUGUCGUUUAAAGAAUGUGGGCCCGUUUUGUUGAAAGAUCAAGGGCUGUCGUUGACUGGAGGUAGCGGGUGCACGGUAACGCGAGGAACAGGGGAUAACUGUCUAGAGAGGGCAGAGAAGGAACUACAGAGUUUCGGGAGGGUAAUACUGGAAGAUAAGGAGUAUUUUAGCGGCAGUUUGAUUGAGACCAAGAAGGAACUUGUUCCUGCUUUGAAAAGAUCUUCUUCUUACAAUGCUGACAGGAGUUCAAGAAUGGGACCAACGACGGAGAAUGAUGAGGAAGAGGCGGUUCUAGCUAAAUGCAUUCCGAGAAAACCAAAGUCGGUGGGUCUAAGGAACAAUGGUGUGCACCAGUAACAAAAGAAACUCAGGAAGAAAAGAAACGACACGGAGGCUAACAAGCUUAUUUUGGGUUUAAGAACAAAAAAAAAAAAAGAAUAGGGAAUGAUGAGUAGUUAUAAGCAUUUGUGAUAUGUGUAGGUAACUACUAAAAACCCUAUGGAUGCUAAAUAGUAAACAUGAUGUGUACAUAUUUAAAAAUGUUUUAGUUUGGCCCUAUGUGUCUUCUGAGGUUAAUUUCAGAUUCGGUUUACUUCACCUU